AUGAUGGCUAAUAUUAUUGACGACUAUGUUUCUGAUUCGCCUAUUUUUCAUCAUGUAUUGGAUUUAACAGUGCCCAUUUUUGUUGAGAAAAAUGAAAAAAAUAUUAUGACAGAUGUUCCACCUACAAAAAUAAAUAAAAUAUUACCUUCAUCAUCAAUAUUGUUAGAAUGUUUGUCUGACAUGGUGUUAUUUGAUGAAAAAACAAAAACAAGGGAAAGAGCGAUUACUACCAUUUCCACAGCAACGACAACAAUGUUGAGAACGACCGAUGUACAAGAAUCAACAAUGAAUUUAUAUUCAGCAGAUAAAUGUUCAAAAUUGUUUGUUUUAACAGCAAGAUUGAAUGAUCUGAAAUUAAGUCGUCCAGAAUCGUUCAGACGUGAAAUGUUACAAAAGCGUCCAUUCGAGCCGUUUAAACUUACAAUCGAAUUAUACAAAUUUGAUGAUACAUUAAUGACGUCGUGUGACUUUACACCAUUUAACUUAGCAUACAUAAUCUUGUCUUCGGGAAUGAUUAGAAAAUCAAAUGCAUCGGCUAUGUAUACUGUGAAGACGUUAUUUGAUUUUGCUGUCAUGUGUGAUCCUAGGAAUCCAACGUUGGAUUGUUUAUUAAGAAUUGAAGCAUUGGAUAUGUACUAUAAUUGGUUACAGAUUUCCGUAACAAAGAAUCAAAGAGACGAACCGUAUUUCUCUCAUACAAUAAUCAUGCUUCGUCUUAUAAGUUUAAUUUACGACCUUGAUGUACUCAAAGUGGUACAUUGUAUGUACGAUACUGUUUUCUAUGAAAAAUCUGGUAUGCUAAUGUUUUCAUCAAUUAUCACAUUUUGUAUCAAGCUUUAUUUCGUAUAG